AUGAAUGUGAUGUCACAAACACCAGAGGGUAAGGUGCAAGCAGCACAGUUGCGCGAGAUGUCUCGGACUAGGGACCGACGAAGGCGAGCAAAAACCAAAAUCCACAACGGGCGCCAGGAACUAGCCCAACAUAUAUUCGGUGUAAAUUCUCCCGAAUAUCUCCUCUUGUCUCAUUCAGAGGUACACUCUGAAGAACAAGUCACGAUGACUAACGGCUCAGGCACCCGGACCAAAACGAGACUCGAGUGGCGUAGCGGAGCUUUGGAUACAUUUGUGAACCUUGUUGAUAAAGCUAUUCCUGGUCAAGAAAUCAUCCCAAGGAAAAAGGCACGAGCACAGGCGAUUGUGGACCGCGGUUCAUACUCAUCGGAAAGCGAUCUUGAUGCAUUUCCUCCUCAAGGGCUUCAGGAAUCUCUGGUCUCGAAUGCAUGGCUCGACAAGAUGUCUGGUGUUGCUAUUUCAAAUUUACGCCUUGUUAAGGCUGAGGUAGUUGACAUACGUAAAUCAAUUCAAGUUUUGACUGAUUUAAUGUUGCCAAGGGGGGCUGCUGGGUUGGGUGAAGGAUCAAGUAGUAGUUCUGGAUCAAGUUCAACGCAGGUACCAGGUGAAGGAUCAAGUAGUAGUUCUGGACCAAUGAUGACUCAAUGA